AGCAUGAACACUUUGCAGGGAGAAUCAUUCUGAUUACCUGAUAACAGUUUUACUUUACUUUCAGCUGUAUCCAAAAGAAUGUAUCUUGUGCUUGUUUUGCCUCUGCUCAUGCUUUCCUUCGGGGAGUGUGUAAGUGUCAACGAUACACAAAGCAGAAUUGUUGUGCCGAUUCCCAGUUCAAUCUCUGUGGUGAACGGACAGAUCUGGGGAACAUGGGGAAUUUCAGAGAAGUGUCCUACAGGCACCUAUGCUACAGGCUUUAGCCUCAGGGUUGAGUCAUAUCAGGGAAUUUGGUCAGAUGACACAGCCCUAAACGGAAUUGCUCUUCACUGCUCUAAGCCUAUUGGCUCCAACGGUAUUGUUGGGAGCUACACAACUAUCAGAUCUGCUGUAGGAAGCUGGGGGUCUUGGUCAUCGCCUAUUUGGUGCCCCAGUGGAGUACUGAAAGCUUUCCAGCUGCGAGUAGAGGGUAAUCAGGGAUGGGGAGAUGAUACUGCAGCUAACAACAUAAGGUUCAAAUGCUCCACGGGCUCUGUGUUGGAAGGCAGUGGUAUGAGCUGGGGUACCUGGGGUUCCUGGAGCUCGCUUUGUGGUGGAACUGGGAUUUGUGGCAUCCAAACAAAAGUGGAAUCGCCUCAGGGCCCAGGAGAUGACACCAGUCUUAAUGAUGUGAAAUUCAGUUGCUGCAACUAAGCUACGUUUCACCAAAUCUGGAUCACAAAAGGAACGCCAUUGCACUUUUAAUCAGAAAGCAUAAAGGCAGAAAAAGGAAAUGAUGUACACUAAAGAUGAUUUAAACACUAAAAAACAAAUUUUUGGCCUCAUUUUAACUACAUUUGACUACAUUUAACAAAGAGUCAAAAUCUCUUUAUUUCUCAUAAAAUCAUAUAUCUGAGUGAAUUAUAUGUAUAAUAAUAACUUGUCAAACUGUCACUAAUUACAGAAAUGUACUCACUGAUUAUUUUAUCUUAUUUGUUAUCCUUUGCCUGUACUUUAAGUGAAA